UUCUCCUUCUCUUCGCCCACUAAGAACAAGACACGCUCUCUCUCUCUCUCUCUCUCUGUUUCUUGGUCGGACUCGGAGCUCAAAAACCCUUCCGCCAUUUCUCUCCUCCCUUCUUCCUCCUCCUUCAUUCCCACCGUCUCUCGAGCUCCUUCUCCAAUGGACGAAGACGACGAAUUCGGAGAUCUCUACACCGAUGUCCUCCAGCCUUUCUCCAACUCCUCAACCUCCGCUCUACCGCCGCCACAGCCGCUGCUUCAGCUCCAGCCGAAACGGGCUUCCCCGCCGCCUCCGCCUCCCUCGUCGUCAUCCGUCGAUCUCAAUCCCGACGACGAUGACGAGAUUCUCUACGGCGCAUCCGGGCGUGGUGAUCAAACCCUAGUGAAUUCCGCCCCCAAUUCGAGGCCCGAUGGAAAGCUCUCGGUCAUGGUCGGCGGCGGUUCCGAUUCACGAUUGGGGAUUAAUAAUAAGGGUUUGGAGGCGAGGGGAAUUUCCACCGAUUUUCUAUCCGGGGAGCCGGAUAAAGAUUUGGAUUUUGAUAUCGAGGAAGGUGGGAAUGCUGGGGAGGAUUCGGGUCUCCUCAUUCCUGGACUUGGGGUUGAUAUGGUGGAGGACUCGAAGCAGAAUGGAGCGGCGGCGGGUGUUGGUGGCAUGGGUGGCAGCGGCCGAGGGGUUAAGGAGGGGGGAGAUGAAGAGUGGGACGAGGAAGACAGUGAUAGUGAAGACGAUCUGCAGAUAGUGUUGAACGAUACUGGGCCGAUGGGAAUGGACAGAGGCAUGAUGGGCGAUGGAGAAGAAGAUGAAGAUGACGACGGCGACCCUUUGGUGAUUGUGGCAGAUGGAGACCCGAACCAGGGUAUGGGGGAGCCGGAUUGGGGCGGCGGAGAUGAAGCAGCGGCUGAUGCUGGAGGUGAAGGAGGGGACAAGAAGGAAGGAGGAGAGGCAGCUGGGAAAGGAAAUGCUAUGGUGGCCGGAGCGAAGAUUGGAUAUAACAAUCACGGAUAUCAUCACACAUUUCAUUCCCAGUUUAAGUAUGUGAGGCCAGGUGCAGCACCAAUGCCAGGUGUUACCACUGGUCCUCCUGGAGCACCAGGUCAGCUUCGUCCUCCGAUCAGCUUAGGUUCUAUGCCGGGUCGGGGUAGAGGUGAUUGGCGCCCAAUGGGUAAUAAAAGUGGCCCUCCAAUGCAAAAGGGCUUCCCAGGUUAUGGUGGAUGGGGCAACAACAUGGGUGGGCGUGGUUUUGGUGGAGGACUGGAUUUCACACUUCCUUCUCACAAGACAAUAUUUGAUGUUGACAUUGACAACUUUGAGGAAAAGCCUUGGAAAUAUCCUGGUGUUGAUAUAACAGACUUCUUCAACUUUGGGUUAAAUGAGGAAAGCUGGAAAGAUUAUUGCAGACAGUUGGAACAGCAUCGUUUAGAGACUACCAUGCAAAGCAAAAUCCGUGUUUAUGAAAGCGGGAGGGCUGAGCAGGAAUUUGAUCCUGAUUUGCCCCCAGAAUUAGCAGCAGCAGCUGGAGGCCAUGAUGUUUCAGUUGACAAUUCAAAUAUCGGAAAGACGGAUUUGGGCCAAAGUGAUUUAGCAAAAGGAUCUGCUCGUGCUCGGCCACCUAUACCAACUGGUAGGCCGAUACCAGUUGAGACUGGUUUUAGUGACCGCCAACCCUCCAUCGACACUCGGCCACCUCGUCUUCGUGAUUCUGAUGCAAUCAUCGAGAUUCAACUGCAGGGCUCACUUGAAGAUGAUUCCUCAGGAAAUGAUGCUCUUGAUGGGGAGAACUCAGGAGGGAGCAAUAGAGGUAGUCGGGUGCCUGAUGAUCAUGAGGUGAUGGCACCAAAAGCAGAAGAUUUUGUUGAUCCCUCACAGGCUCAUCCCAACUUAAAGGGCGGAAGAAAGGCUCCGUAUAUGGAUAAGGACACUGAUGGAGAUGUGCCUCGUGCCUCUCAAUCUGACGCACCAAGUAGAUAUCGUCCCAGUUUUAGGGGCCAGGCUCCUGUCUACCCUGGUGGAGAUUUGGGCACUUCUCAUGAAGAGAGGCGGAAACAAAGAACAAAUGGCAGGUCUCCUCAUUUGACUUCUAGUAGAAGCGCAGACGAAGAGUCGGUUGAAAGCAUGGGUGGCGACGGCAGGCGUAGUAGUCAGCAGUUAUCAUCUCCCACUAAUGGCAGGGAGGUUAGAGAGUCUAGCGUCGGAGACAAGGAUUGUCUUGAUGCUGUGGGUGACUUCUUACCAGCUGAAGGAAGCUCUGGAAUAGCAAAGGGUGGAACUGGGCCAAAUGACUUUGGGAAAGAUAGAAGUACAUAUCAUUCCAAAAAGAAACAGCGAGUUGAGCGUUCCUCUGAUAUACCACUCCAAGAAGACGAUGCUCAGGAAGAGGAGGAUUCUAAAGCUGCUAGAAGCAGUGAAAACAGUAAAGCAAGGUCCAGCAGUAGUAGCAAAGACUAUCAUCAGAAAUGGCAGGAUGGUGUUGACGAUGAAGUCGUUCAAGGUGGUGGGCGAUCUACAUCUAUCCGGCCUGGCAGCAGCAUCAAGAGGCAUCCUAAAGACAUGGAUGGAAGGCAAGAGACAGAAAGAAGUCGUGUAUUGAGUAAAAGCAGGGAAGGGUCCUAUACUCGCAAGGAAUUGGAUCCUAGCAUUGUAGGCAAUCACUUGCAGUCCAAAGGCGAGGGCUAUGAUCGAAGAAAGGAUCGUGAUAAUCUUGAUGGAGCUUGGCAGCAGCGGAGACAGGAAGACUCUAGUGUUCAUAACAGGAAGACCAAACCUGAAGAGAUGAAGAAAAGGGAACGUGGAGAUGAAAUAGGAUCAUCCAGGCACAGAAAGGUUCGAGAAAGUGAGAGGAGUGAGAAAGAUGAACAUCUGAUCUCGAGGAAGCAACUGGAUAAUGGUAACUACAGGGCUCAUUUUGAUAAUAAGGAUGGUGGUGGGUCUAGGCACAGAGGAAGAGAAGACAGCGUGAAGCAUAGAUAUGAAAUUCCGGAGGAUUACCAUAGCAAACGAAAGAAGGAUGAGGAAUACAUAAGAGAAGAGAUGUUGCAUGGCCACAGGGAAAGUAGUAGUAGCCAUAGAAGAAGGGAGAGAGAUGAUCAGCAGAGAAUUCCCCGGGAUUCCAUGGAAGAUUACCAUUCUUCUGGCAGGCAUAAUAAGGAUGAGGCAUGGCUCUCGCGAGAGAGGAAUGAUAAACCGAGGGAAAGAGAAGAGUUAUUAUAUAGACCAAAACAAUCUACCCACGAAGAGCAUUUUUCAAAACGUGAGAAAGACGAGGGUGGACGAGGUUCUGUGAGGAAUGGGCGGGGGAUUGAUGAGAAAGCAUGGAUUGGCAAUGCUCGAGGGAAAGACGAGUACUUCGCUAAAGAUUCUGUUCGGAAUAGUGAACAGCUGAAGAAGAGAGAACGGGUGGAGGAUGUACGAGGAGGAAACCAAGUUAAUAAUAAGGAGAGAAAAUCUUCAAGGCAUGAGAAGGAAAAGUCGAGUGCUCGAACUGAUCGUGCUGUUGAUACUCCUGAUAACCACAGAUCGUCCGACAAGAGACAUAAAGAAGCGACCAAGAAGCUCAAGGAGCCGGAGGGUGCAGAUUACGGGACACUGGGAUCUUCCAUCAGAAGCCGAGAAGACAAGACUAGUCAAGCUAAUAACUCGGAGGUGAAAGACAGCAGUGAUCGCCAGAACGAUAACAAGCAGAAUCAAGUGCAACGGAACUCCUCUAAAAGAGCUAAAGAAGAUGCAUCAUCAGACGAGGAACAACCGGACUCUAAAAAAGGACGCUCGAAACUGGAACGAUGGACGAGCCAUAAGGAGAAGGAGUUCAACAUGAAUAACAAGUCUGCACCAUCUGCGAAAUUAAAAAAUGGAGAUAAGAACGACGAUGGUGGGCCCUCUGAGAAGGUUCAGUCUGUCGAAAGGCAGCACCCGGUGGUGGAAGAGAAGGAUGGUGGUGGCGAUAAUACAGAGAACAAAGAUGGAGACAAGAAGCAGUUAGACGACCGCCACCUGGAAACUGUCGAGAAGUUGAAGAAAAGGAGCGAGCGGUUCAAACUCCCACUGCCCCUUGAAAAAGAUGGGUCUACGACAGUGAAGAAAAUAGAGACCCCGGAUGCAUUGCCACCAAUGCCUCCAGUUAAUAAAACCGAGCCGGUUGCUGAUGCAGAGGUCAAACCUGAGCGUCCUGCUCGGAGAAGAAGGUGGGUAGGGAACUAGAUUCGUCAAGAAUUCUCAGAUGCCUGCUCUUCUAUUAGUGCUGUCACUUACCAUGUUGAGCAGCUUGAUCACGUUAAAGGCUUCACUGAGCUCAAGAUGCCCUCUCAGGAGGAAGGUCGAAAAGCGACGAUCUUGUAACAUGUGUUUGCUUUGAUCUUAUUUAGUUAUUGUUAUAUGUACAUACUGAUAGAUGUAACGCUGAAAACCCCAGCUUAUGCUGCUGCUGCUGCCAUUGUUGGCACGAGAACGAGGAAACCCUUCUGUUUUUUUCUUGUAAGACAAACAUAUCUGUGUUCUUCCCCCAUUUUGGAAGUCGGCCUUCUUUCUGGAUGUGCAGAUGGCUGGAUGUUGAAGCCAUGGAGACCGUCGCCACAUUGGCUCCACCGGUCAGAGUUGAUUCCGAGAGGCUGGAAUCUCCCUGUCAAUGGCCGCUGCUGCGGAGAAGGCGUUGGAUCUAAUCCGACCUUGUAUUAACUGUAUAAGAGAUCUUGUAGUUGUCAGUGUCCUGCUUUUGUAAGUUCUUCAGGCGUUCUAUUUUGUCUUUGAAUUGGAAUGCUGAUAAGGCAGGUAGCGGGAUACCCCCAUAACUUGCAUCUGUAAGACUGUAACGUAGCAACGAGUUUCCAGUUUUUAUAUAUACAGAAGAAAUCCGGUGAAGUUUGCAAACUGGAUGCCAAGAAGAGAGUGAAGGCAGCCGGGAAAUGACCAGUUUGUCACAAACCGAGAAACCUAAGUGACCUAUCUGUUACAUUUUGAAGUUCAAUGAGAAUUCUGUUAUAUUGAUAAACAUGAGGGACUGUUUAAGAUAUUAAAACCUCCAUGUAGUAGUUCAAAGUUCAAACCUCAGAAUUUUAAUUCCGUCUCUCCGCUAACCAUUUCGCGGCAGCGCCGAAGAACUCUACCCAGUACGGAUUCCGGCCGGCAGUCGGCAGAGCAAGUACUUCACUUCUUGAUCCCAGUUGUGAUUCUCGAAUGUCAACGUUGGGACUGCUUUGAAGAAGCCUAAUAGCCCCGAUUUCUGAAAGGCCCUUCGCCAAAAGUUCAAACCUUCCAAUUCAACAACCCACCAAAAUGUCUCUUCGUCGACCACCCUCGCCAAGAAUGGUACUCGACAAUGUCUCCUGCAUGAGAAACGCACAGCAAAUCCUCCGCCACGUCAAUGUCUCGGUCCAUGACGGCAGUGCCAUCGUGCUAACGGGCACCAACGGCUCAGGCAAGACAACACUCCUGCGCAUGUUAGCAGGAUUCACCAAACCAUCUGCGGGCCAGGUCCUCUGGAAUGGACAUGACAUAACAAACUCGGGAGUCUUCCAGCAGUACAAGCUUCAACUCAACUGGCUCUCGCUGAAAGACGCCAUGAAAGACAGGUUCACGGUCUUGGACAACGUGCAGUGGUUCGAGGUCCUCGAGGGGAAACAGGGCAAAUCGCUGCCUGCCCUCGAGUUGAUGGGGCUGGGACGAUUGGCGAACGAGAAGACGAGGAUGCUGUCUAUGGGACAGCGGAAGAGGGUGCAGCUAGCGAGAUUGCUGGCCAUGGACCGCCCCAUCUGGUUGCUCGACGAGCCAUCUGUGGCGCUGGAUGAUGAAGGGGUGAAGCUGCUGGAGUUCAUAAUUGCGGAUCAUAGGAAGAAAGGUGGGAUCGUGUUUGUGGCGACUCAUCUGCCGAUCAAGAUGGAAGAUGCUACGUAUCUCAGGCUGCCACCGAGGUUCCCCAGAAGGAUGACAUUUGUGGACAUGCUGGAUCGUGCUGACAUUGAGUGAAAAGAACAAGAAUUGGAAUAUAGAUUAGCACUGUUAAACUUAACAUCCAAAUCCGUGUUUUUGGGUGGGGAGGGUCUAAUCCUGAGUUUCACAUCAUACCUAUUUCCUAUGAUGGUUGUUCUGUCUUUGGCUCUUGAUUCCCUUGAACAAUUCGUGCUGGAUUUUGGUUCCUGGGGGGUUUCCCCUCGUUGACAAUGAAAUGAGGAUUAGAUCGUGGAUUUUAAGAUGCCAUCUUAUCCUUAAUUAUUGAGGUCUUGGAAUGUUUCAGUACUUCAUUCUGUGCUGUUGACGAUGGAUUCUGUCCUUUUCAGGUCUUGUGGUGGAUUGGGAAAAUGACAAAUAAUAAAUUCGAGAUUUUAUCAGAUCUCAUCUCGACAUCUUCCCCUGCACCUAGAAGAAAACAAAUUUUCAAAGUCGAAGUCUUUGGAAAGAGACGGCACUAGAACACACAGUUACAGAAAAAUGGACGUCAAACGAUCUUGGACUUGUACUCUCGUCACCCAGCUAUGCCUCUGCGUUGCUCUGUACCUGGCAUUGAACAUCGGCGAGCCCCAGCAGCAGCAGCCAUGGCAGCGUCUUCCUCGUCGUCCUGAUGAUGUCAUCGUCUUUGUAACGGUACGAGGUGGUGGGUUCAGACCUUUUCAAACGCAGACCCAUCUUCUCAAACAGAUUGAGGAUGUAGUGAGGAUUUACGGAGCUCGGUUUGUGGUGAAUUUCAGUGAGCUUGGGGAGGAAGAUCCCCUGACCCGCAAGUCAGCUCUUCAAAUCACCCAGCAUUCCCUGGUACAGCUUGUUUCUUGGGCUGAUUGUUGCACUCUUACACUUUGGAGACUGCUGAUGAAGUUUGUGAUUGAUUUGCUUAUGCAGGAUCUACUGCUUACCGAGUCGAUGAAUGGCUCGGGUGACGGUCAGAAUUGGCUGGGAAGUACACUUGAAGCUGCUAAUGGUAGUAUCUGGUCUAUAGUCGUUGGAUACCACCCGAUCAUUCGUUGUGACAAGAACCAUGAGCAUUUAGAAUCAAUAAACAGUGCUCCCGAAAUUCUACACCAUAUAUUUGUGAAGUAUGGAGUGAAUGCUUAUUUGAGUACCAAUGCCUGUUCCAAUCAUACCUCUCGAGACGGUGUGGAUUACAUUGGAAUCGCAGGCCCUGAUGAACACAGUGAUGGUCCCUUUCUCCCAAAUAGGAAAUUGGGAUUGGAUCAGCAGCAGCAAAAUGGAAUGGCCGAUGGGUUCCUUCUCCACAGAGUAACCUCUCUUGAAAUGAUUACAUAUUCCACUAGUUCAGAAGGGAAGGUCCUGAGCAGAUUUGUGACCCAACAGAAGGGCAAGGCUGGCAUCUGACCUCUUACAAUCUAAUUCAGAAAGCCAAAAAAUUUCCUUCUGGAGGUCGCGAUUAAGGUAGACACUUCACAACAUAUAAACUAGAUCUUCCUGUACCUAUCCGACUCCAAACCAACAGAGUCGAGGUUUCCGAUUUUUCACAAUAUUAUACUCAUUAGGCAAUCUUCAUUAUGUAACUUGGUACGUGCUUAACUAAAGCAGAAUUGAUGCCACAUUGGGCUAGAUAGCUAUUCAUUACUACCACAACUUAGUUGGCAAUUUCUGCUAAAAGUUAUAGUAUAGUGACCACUUAUUACAAACAUUAUAAUUCAGUGACCAUUUACAGAUUUAUCCCACACAGCGGUGAAAGGGCAAAAUAGGAAGAAUCCUCCCCGCUAUAAAAGCCACAGAGCCCAGCCAUCAGGCUACAGCCAUGGACUGAACUCCGGGUACUCGCUUUGAAGAGAGAGCAAAGAACGAUGGCUUCGGCUUCGAGAGAGAUUCUCUCUCCCCCGCCGGAGCCGAUGACUUCUCCGGCCGCUGAUUACUCUGUGUUUGUGAGUUUGGUUACUGGAAUCACAGCUCUGGUUCCUCCUUUCUUCCUUCCCCUUUUGUUUCGUUCUGCCUAUCGCUUCUGCUCUGCUCUCUCGCUCUCUCUCUCUCUCUAAACACGAGGCAAUGACGAUGACAUUUGAUCGAUUUUCUCUCUUCCGCGAGCUCCCGGCUCGGUAGCGGCGGAGCCGCCGAUUCCACGGCGGGGAGACGCCGGACGGCUGGAUUCACGGGACAUUGGAUUCCCUCCGGCAACCGGUUGUCGCAGCCAUGGACGGCGGAGCUUCCGGCUUCCGAUCGCAAUUCUAAAUCCGAGCCUCCGUCUCCGACAAACUAACCCUCCGUCUCCGUACACGUGGACGGUGCUCGACCGCCUCUAAUGUUCGUAAUGGGCUGCGAAAGAACGUGGGCUAAUUUCGUGUUGCUAUAAACUAAGUCACUGGCCCAAUCGGAGCCCAAUAAGGAACUGCCGACAGCGGCCAGUGGCUUAUAUAAACACAGAGAGCUGCUCGAGAGGCAAUCACUCACUAGUUUAAGUAUGAGGCUUUGCUCUCAGUGGAGAGAGACAGAAUCGUCGCCGGAAAAUCGACAGUUUCUCCCUCUGGUCGCCAGCGAAGCCAGUGAUUACUCGCCGCCGAUGCGCGGAUCUGCCGCCACAUCGUCCGAAAGUACCUAGGGUUAAUUGAAAGUUUGGUCACUGAGAUUAUAUACAUAAAACAAAACAUAUAUAUAUGGUUUCCUUUGCUUCAUCGACCUUCACUCUUCCUCUCGCUCUCUCUCACAUUCGCCUGAGGCUAUGACGAAUGAUUCUAUCAGACUUCCCGGAGACGGAGAUAGCAAUGGCUGGAUAUCAGUUACCUGGCAUGGCGACAUCUUGGAGAGAGAGUGUUGGGACACCUUUUUUAGGGUUUCUCCGCCUCCUUUAAUUUGUCUGCAGCCAAUGGCAGCUGGUGAUUCUUGCUUCUCUGUUUUCGUGGCUUGCUUCUUAGUGUCUGAUUAAAGGCGAAUCUGAGCCUCUUAGUUCGUAAUUUCUCUCUUUUGCGAUGAUUUUCUCUAAUGAGCUGCGUCGAAGAUUUGAUAGUGUUGAAAUGUUGCAGGAAAUGGGUUUUGAGUCUAGAACCAUAUGUAGGGUUCUUAGAAUGUGAAGAUUGUGGAGACGGUGUAAUAGUGUGAAAGAGAUCUAGAUCAUAGCUUGAAAUGUGAUAAAUUGCAAUCUGUACAAGAUGGUAUCACGAUUGCUAAUGCUAGACGUCUGUUAGAAGUUCUGGAUGGAGUUAGAUGUGGAAGAAACCGUUGAGUGAGAGCUUAGCAAAGCCAUAGCAGCGGAUUGUGAUAAAUUGCAAUCUGUACAGAUGUAAAGUUGGAAUCACGACUGCUAAUAUGCUAGACGUCUGUUAGAACUUCUGGCUGGAGUUAGAUGUGGAAUAAGCCGUUGAGUAAGCUUAGCAACGCCAUAGCUGCAAUUGAGAGGCCGGAAUGGGCACAGGCAGAUGAACCCGGAGGAGGAGCUCCGUCUUGAACUUUGAUCGCUGGAGGUAAUGGUGGGUCGGCGAUGUCUUUAACAGCUAGAGCUGGUUUCGGAGGACUCAGGUUUUCCGAGUACUUGGUUAGAUUGAGCAUUUGGCCCGGGUUGAUUGGUAAGAUGGCGUACAUGAGAUCUGGGUCGUUAAGAUUCGAGCAUGGGUUCUCUGCAAUAAGGAAACAAUAAGGGGAAAUUCAGAUUUUUAUGAUCUUUGGAGGGAUGAAAGAAGGCUGCACGCAUGAAUGAAUGCUUACUCAGAUAUUUGUUUGCAGUUCCUGGAUAUUCCGUAAUGGUACCAUUGACUUGGACCAGCUGUGUGUAAGUGGCGAUCUCGAACAUGGCAUCCGAGUUGUAAUCGAAUGCAAGCGAGAGAUAUUCGUUGUUCAGAGUUGUAACGAACACAGACAAGUUUGCAGCUUGCAGUGCCAGAACAGAGUUGGUUUCCUUCCUCGUGAAGCCAUGGCUUGUUGGGAUUAUAGAGAAUCUAGUCAACGUGACUGCAUCUGCAUACUUUUUGAUUUCGUCUACUGUAGCCUUUGGUAUGUCGCUUACUUCUUCCUUGACAGCCAGUACCCUUUUGUACCCGAGAUUGCUGAAUUUGGCCAACACCGAUGUAUCGUCUGAUUGUAUUAAGACUUGUUGAGUGGUCUGUUUGUCAAAUGAGGCUUUAUGUAAGGCUGUGCUCACUGUCGUAACAACGUCGUGGCCUUCUUUCGAUGCUAGGUAUGCAGCAUUCUCUAUGUUGAUCAGAAUGCCCGGAACAGAUUUUGCCUUUGCAAAUUGCAGGAAUUGAUCGAGGGUCAUAAAUUUUCCCUCGUUCUUUACCGCUGGAUUUCUCUUAAGAUCACUGGUUUUCUCAAAAGGGGAUGAUAAUUGAGCUGAAAAAUAAAAACAUCCAUUGUGAGAAGGACAUGAUGAAGGAAGAUUGAAGCAUCAGGAAAACGUGGUGAAACCAUUGAAGAAAGUUGCUUAUACGUUGUAAGCUUUGAAUGUCACUCCAUUCCAGGUCAAAAGAAAAUAUUCCAUCAUCCUUUUGAAUUUCAGGGAUGGUGGUGGCCCGAUCAGGGAAAAUGGCUGCUGCAGUAGUAUCUACACUGAGGUCAGCAGUCGCCAUACAGAAAGCAACUCCAUCUUUACUCAUUUGAACGCUGCAAUCAAUUAUGUCGGCCUCAUCAUCUACUGCUUUCUGGUAAGCGAGAUCAGUGCUCCCUGCAUAAAUUCCACUUGCUCCCCCGUUGGUUAUAACCAAAGGUUGUCCCUCUCUGCGGCUUUCGGAGUUGUUGUACUUGGCAAAACAUUCUGUUCCACGAAAAGUUAUAAAGUUAAUAUAAAGACACAGAGAAGGCUUAACCAUCUAUUUUGUAUGUUCAAUAAACUGAUUUAGGUAAUUUUCUGAUGUGAUAACACUGCUUUAGUGCAAUUUUCAGUAAGGAGAAGUGAUCUUUACCAACGGCGUUCAUUGCAGUUGGAGGGAAAUCGGUAAUGAAACCAUCGACUGAGAAGCCCUUACUGGUGAAUUGCAGAAAGCUUCAGAGCACUAGGAAAAACAGAAGCAAAAACUGGAAACGUACCUCAACAUGGAUCCACCGUGGAGCAGCGAUGCUUGCACGAAAAUCAUCAAAUGUUGGAAUCGGAUCGAUAUCGAAGGCAUCUGGACGGCUCAAUACGCUCUGCGUUGCUGUUACGGUUUUUGAAGAACACAGAAAGAAAAUGCUGAAUGGCCUUCUGACUGACCUAUCACGUUAUUGAGUUGGUUCAUGGCGUAAUCCACGCUGAAAUAGCCCGUGACAUCUUUUCCAUUUACCUUGUACGUUUUAGUUUUGUUGGGGUACUCUACCGCUAUGCUGGUUCCUUCACUGAGGUCGAGAUUUGCCACGCAGAUUCCGACCUUGUCCAUUGUUAUUUGUAAAUUGCAGAGCAGAAUCAGUUUUGGGUAUAGUGCAGCAAUUGCAUUCGCAGUUGGAGUCGAUUGUGGGUAUAACCCCGAGAACCCGCCAUGAGCCACCACCUUUGGCUGCUCCCCUGUGGAAAACGGAAGAGGAACAUCAGAGUUUGCCAUACGGAGCUUCCUUUGGCUGCCCCAGCGUCGCCUGGAGGCGGUGCUUCGCCUGAGGGUUCUGCGCUUGCUGCUGAAGUUGCAUGGAUGAACAAUAGAACCAAAAGCAAACUCCUUGUCAUCUUCGUCUGCUAUUCCUUGUUGUGGGGAAAAGAAAGUAUGCAUUGUUAUUUGCAUAUAUUGCUUGCCUGUUCCUAAUUACUACGUCUAUCAAAUGAUCUCUCCGUCAAAAAUUUCGUCGUUGAUUCGGAAGAAAGCAGGAUCGAGAUUAUGAGUUAUCAUGUCAUGAAAUGAAAUCUUUUGAAAACGAAACUUACUUUCCAAUUUUCUGCAACGUCCACCAGAUGGACGUUCCUUGUCAAGUUUCAACUUCAAACCCCCUGAAACACUGUUUGGGGGAUCCAAAUCCUGAGCCAAAAUGCAGGAAAUUUUGUUGGUUUCUUACAGUGAAUCGGAGCUCGAAAAUUGCUACAGAAUGAACAGUGUUCGAAGCUUUCUUCGUUGAUUCUCAGGACAACAUCAUGUAUUCAUAAUAAAAACACUCAUAAAACUUCCG